AUGGAGAAACCGACUGUUACAGAACAACCGCCACCAUACUCUGCCACGAUUCCACCAGGGCAACCAACUGGACCAUAUCCACAGCCAUCCGCCCAGCCUGGAUUCCAGGGGGCUUAUCCACCCCCACCACCUGGGUACACCCCCUACAACGCCCCUAACCAAGCUUACUUACCAAAUUAUGGAGCGACAAACAUUAUAAUUCCACCAGCUAUAAUAGCUGUGGGGGCUUGCCCUGCAUGUCGCGUGGGCAUCCUUGAAGAUGACUUCACAUGUUUGGGUAUACUGUGCGCUAUCCUUUUCUUUCCUCUCGGAAUUUUGUGCUGUCUCGCUCUAAAGAAUAGAAGGACGUCAAUUAUACAAAUUUAUCCUUUACUAUACUCUCCUGAGCGUAACAAUUUUUCACGCCUAAGUGAAGUCCAUGCGAAGAUUAGCGGUGAUUAA